GCUCAGCGUCUAUUGGAUGGAGUUGGUGGUUCAAAUGGCAACUAUAUUAAUAUACACGUAGAUAUCAAUCAAGCGCGCGGAGAGUGCCCUCUUCUACACGUAAAAGCCAAGGUAGGCGAGAGAUUGGAAAGCAAUGCACACCAUAGUUCGCUCUCUGGGGAGAAAUCAUAGGCACACUUUUCUGUCUAAGCUAACUGAACCAUGCUUACAAUUAUACUCUGUGCCUUGGCGCAUGAAACUCUGAGGAUUCCACGAGGCUGAAACUCAAUGGCCAACACGAGCAAUCUAGACUCGAGGGCAGGAUCAUUUACCGGCUGUCCAAUCACCAUCUUCCAACAUUAUCUUUGGCCGUGGGAAAACCGCGGUGAAUUCAUCACGCGUGAGGUCAUUGGGCCGCAUGCCUUCAGAAGAUGGGCAGAAGCCAUCCUCCAAUGGCGCCGUCAGGCUCGUCGGGGCUGUAGCUGGAAUGGGGUCAGGCUUGACGAAGGUGGCUGUAGGACAUGGAUUUGACACGAUCAAGACUAGGCUUCAAUGCGCUGCUCCAGGGACGUACGCCGGCGCAAUAGAUUGCCUCGUCAAAACUGUACGGAAUGAAUCUGUCUUUGCUUUGUAUAAAGGAGCUACGCCCCCUGCCGUGGGGUGGGCAGCGAUUGAUUCUUUGUUGUUGGGAUCCUUGCACAAUUAUCGUCUUCUCCUUGUCAAAAAUGGCUUCUCUGAACCAAUUCCGAAUUCUGACAAAACACGAUUGUCGUAUCUUGGGCACGGUAUCUCUGGCCUUAUGGCUGGUUGUACAAGUGCACUUGUGGCUACUCCGGUGGAGCUGAUCAAAGUCAAACUCCAGCUUCAGCUUCAACGUUCAGUUGCCGACAGGCAAUUCAAAGGGCCCAUUGAUGCCAUUAGGCGGAUUCUCAGAAGACAAGGGGUCACAGGCAUGUGGCAAGGCCUUCCAGCCAGUGCAUUGUUCCGAGCGAAUUUCUUCUGGAUGUUCUUGGGCAUAGAGGUGCUCAUGCGCUCUUUCGUCCACUUUGAUGGUACCCCUUAUGAGAUGAGACAUGGCUUUAAAACAUUCUGUUCGGGCGGACUUGCCUCUUUUGCGUACUGGUUUUUUGCGAUGCCCGCCGAUAAUAUCAAAAACCGCAUCAUGUCAAGGGAUCUAAACCAACCCCGCAUCGCCAUUCGCGAAGUUGCGCUGCAUGUUUACAGGACACACGGCUUGAGGGGUUUCUACUCAGGCUUCGCCCCCUGUGUCCUGCGUGCAUUCCCUGCGAACGCUUCUGCUUAUUUCGUAUAUGAGGGUCUAAUGAGCGGCCUAGGUGCCGAGAAGAUUCGGGCGUAAAAAACUCACAUUUCAGCUGAUGACUAGAAUGUCACCCCAUCCACCAUCCCAAGAUCGAAGGCCGUUCAAGGCUUUCAUCUCCAUACUCGUAUAGAGCGUAUCUAAUGGCAGCACCCCGCUUGCUGGAAACAACUUGCCUAGUCAAGAUUCCCAAGCCAUUCCAUUCCCAUGCCCCAUACUGCCACCCAUUCUCAUAUUCGAAACCAUCAGAUUGAACGUCAUUGAAAUAAAGAUAAAUCAUCAAGCAAUGAU